AUAUGGCGAGUGUCGGAGUUGAGGUCCGACUCAGCAGCGUUUACCUGCCUUUUGCCCAGUAUUUAAUGCCCUUUGUGGGGUGGUACAACCCAUUCGCUAGGCUGGGGUCGAGGCCAGGCCAGACAACGAGGAGCAGCAGCAGCCUGUCCCCAGUCUCUCAGCCUCUGGAAAUGAAUGGCAUCCGUUUACGCACAGAACCUAUCCGGGGUGCCCCCUAGCGCGCAAGAGAUGGCGUCGUCCCUCCCCCCCCCCCCCAAUAAGUCUUGAGAAAUAGUUUAUCCCACAAUUCCUUCGGGUCGCUUCCGCUCGGGAAGCUCGGCGCGUUCUGGGAGGAGGGUGGGAAGUAUGGAGUAGGAACGGAACCUUCUCCCUCGCGCACGCGCGCUGAGGCGGCUCGAGCCCAGCGUACGUUGGAGCGGCUCGAGGGAGGGAGCGGCGGCUGGCUGACGGGGGGCGGGAAAGGGAAGAAUUGUGAGGCGGCGGCGGGUGCCCGCAGCUCGCUCGCUCCCUCCUCCCCUCCUCUUCUUUUUCUUUUUCUUCUCCUCCUCCCGCUCUUCCCCCUCAUUUCUUCAUCUGCCUUCCGCAGCUCCGGGGUGGGGCUGGCAGAGCCGGCGGGCGGGGCCGGGCAAGGCGAGGGGGCGAUGCCGACUCAGCGCGAGAGCGGCAGCAACAGCGGCGGCGGGAACAGCAUGUCUCUCCCGGGCCUGGGAGGAGGAGGCGGCUCCGGGGGUCUCGGUGGCCCCGGCGGGGACAGCGCCCACCAAGUCCGCGUCAAGGCUUUUUACAAGGGGUGAGUAAUUGGCUUGGAGGAAAGCGGUUGGGGGGGGGGGAAGACCGACGAGACUAUAGACUGAGUAAUGUGUGGGGCGGUUGGGGGGGGUUAGGGCGUUAUACUGGGGUUGUGGGGAGGAUGAGGCGAAUGGAGUGGCAGAGGCGCGCCGCCCUCCCUUACGAGAAAUCAUUCAGUCACAUAGAUCAGCUGUCGGUUCAGGAGGGAAGCAGCUCUUGUUCCGCACACACAGUUUAAUUCGUGGGGUUUUAUUCGCACACGAUGCAGGCGGAGCCCACUGGCUUCGGGGGAAGGAAAAGAAGAAAAGGUCGGACCUGACCUUCGCGAAGUUGCCAGUCAUAGGUACCUUCCUGUUGAGAAGCACCAUACAACCCAACUACAAGUUGCUUGGGGUGGAGGAAACGGGGAAAGAGGGUUGUCUCCCUGCUGUGCUUGGUGACAUAUGGCCGAGUGCGGUUGGACAUUGAAUGCUUCACCAAAUUGGAUGCUUGGUCCCCUCCGCAGCCUUGGAUUUCCAGGUGUUUUCCAGGUGCAGCUCUCAUAUCCAGAGCCAGUAUAGCUAGUGAUCGAGGACGAAGGGAGCUGUAAUCCAGCAGCUUGGUUGGGGCGAGAUCCAAGGUGGGGGAGCAGAGUCCUUUUCUUGUAUUUUCAUGAAGUGCAGAGAGUGCCGGAGUUGUAUGUCCUGGUUUUGGGGAUAGGGAAGAAAUGGGCUACACACAUGGUAGGCAAAUCUUUCACAAGGUGGAGGAUUCAGGGAUUAAGAUACCUGGGAAGAGAGUCUGUAGGAAUGGGAAAUGGCCUGUGGCGUAAAUUUCAAAUGUAGGGAAUGAGAUUCAGGUUGCUGCCAAUGUGAGGGGGUUUGCACGCUUUUGACUUCUAUCUGCUGGGUAGCUAUGAGAGGUUGGGUGGCAGCACAUUAUCUAGGCAUGGAAAUUGUAGCGACAGUUAUUAUGGGAUGGGCACUGGGGGUUUAAUUACUGGGGGAAGAAUGUUGGGAAAAGGUAAGAUUUAUUGCGCCUAGCAUGGGGAGCAAAUAAUGAUUCUACAGUAAGGUGAUGUGUCUCAUGUUCACUGCUCAGGAUGCAUUUGUGAGAUACAAGAGAGUGCUGUAUUGUUAUGGGGGAGGGGAAACCAUGAGUAGGAGGAUUGCUCAUAGGGUGAGAGAAGCAUGCAGAGAUCAGAAUUCCAAAAAUGAAGCACUGAAGCUGUGGGAGUGUAGAGCUUCAUGAAAGUAUUUAAGGAAGUGAAUGGAAUCUGUGCCAUCUUUUGAAAUAGAGGGGCAACUCAGAAAAUACAGAAAACAAGGGGCAUUUAGCAAAUUUAGGAAUAUGGAUCGAAGCUAGACUGUAUAAGCUGAAUUACCAGUAGUAUGCAUGGUGCAGUAAAUUGUGGUUCUCUAUUUAUGCUUCAUACCAGCUGAAUGUGGAUAGUUUGGAUUUUUCUUGGUAGAUGUGGCAGUGCAUUAUACAGACUGUGUAGUCACUUGUCUGCAGUAAAAUAUAUUGCACGUAAGUGAUGCAUGUCUUGGAAAUGUGAGGGAAAUCCAUAGGUAUUUCAAUUUUUAAAGAAAAACAUCUGUCCUGCUCUUCACCCCAUAGUUGCAGUGCAGAUUACAUCAUUUCCAGGGCAUAUAAUAGCAGACUAGUUUCACAGUUCAACAAGAACACAAUUAAAAUUCAACAAUACAAAAUGCAUAUAAAACUUAAGGUCUAUUUUAAAGCUGGAUGAGCUUCAAUCGGUUCUUUUGCUAGAGAAUACUGAUCAAAAUUAAUAUAGAUCUGAAUAGGAGCUGGUUCUUGAAAUUGAAUUUUUGAUAUUUUCUUUGCUAGAUUUCUGUUAGCGUAUCUUGCAAUGCCAAUAGUAGAGGUACUGGUUCAGUAAAAUAAUGUAAGUAGCAGUGUAUAAGAAAGACCACAGAAUUGAGUUGUUGGACAAAGAUUUAGUUCUGUGGGUGGUGUGUAACUACAGAGUACUUGGAGAACAUGAUUGCAGCAUGCAUGAAGCAUUCUUCCCUGGUUUGGUUUGUUUCCCUUUCCCUGGCAUCUAGAACUAAAGAUAGAAAAGGAGGAAUUUGCUUCUUUUGAAUAUGGUCAAUUUUUGUAUAUUGCAUUUUUGUAUAUAUAAUAACACGGAGUAUUUAAGGACAUUUUGGUUAGGUAGAAAGGAUUCUAGUAUUGAUUUCACUUUCAAUUUUUAGCCAUUGUUCUCACAGCUCUGGAACAAAGGUGUGCAUACUGCAGGGUUUGGGGAUCUGUGGUUGGUUAAAGAGAAGUUGCUAUCCCACUUUGGAAUCAUAGAAUUGUAGAGUUGGAAGAGAUCCCAAGGGUCAUCUGGUCCAACUCCCAGCAAUGCAGGAAUCUUCGAGAAUUGAGAUAAUUCUUGAAUGUUUGACUUAAUACUCAGAAGUAUCAGUUAUUGUGACACAAGGAGUUAAGAUGAUUUGCUGGCUAGAUCUCACAUGAUGAGAUUGUUUUUAAGAGGAUUUUACUCUUGUCAGGGUUUUCAGAAGCUGAUCAAGUAGACCAGCUUUACCCAACCUGAUGCCUUCUAAGAUGAUGUUGGACUAUCAUCCCUGACAGUUGGCCAGCAACAUCUAAAGGGGACUAGGUGAAGACUGAAACAGACCCUUCCAAUUAUGAACCCUUUGCAUUACUCCUACUUUCAAAUGAUAGGGCCAGCUAUACUUUCUCUUACCAUGUAAGCAGUCCAAAACUGACUGUGGCCACAUGCAAGUUCUGCAGUAAAGCACCCUCUGUUUCUGAUUUACAGAUUAUGAUGAUUAGAGGGAUCUGUUUCUGAGCACAGUAUAUGUUUGGGCUGAUGGGUUUCAGAAAAUUCACUUUCAUUGUGUUCAUCAAAUCCAUUUACUAAUUGCUAUUGGUAAAGCCCAUGUGACAUUCAUAUUCUGCAAAACCAAAGUACACAAAUGUAUAGUGCAAGACUCUGAGACCUUUUGAUUAUUUUUUAAUAUGCUGUAAGCCACUCUGUAUUUUUUUUUAGUUUUUCUUAAAGUGGCAUGGGUAGCAUAUGCUUAGAUAAAAUAUCUGGGCUAGUGAGUUCUACUAACUAAUUAUGUAGACUGAUGAAACACUAUUUCCUCAUCUUAAAUAUGCCAAUACAAUUUCAGUACCUUCCCUAAAUUGUGUUUUUGUAGUUAAUGAUUUCCUCUCUUUUGCUGUCCUUGUGUUCAUGGGCAUCUUUUUACUCCAGUACCUGCCCUGUAUUAAAUGCAUUUAGUAUUAAUUGAUUAAAUUGGCAAAUGAGUAAACUAGUUCUGGAGAGAGAAGCAUCAGUUAUUUGUUUUUGUUGUACAUCAUCAUCACCAUUAUAAUAUUUAUUUAUAUCCCACAUUUUUUUCCUGACAGGGACUCAAAACAGUUUAUAGCAGGUAUAGUCUUAGAAAGGGCAUUUCUCAUUGUGAGAGUCCAGUAAUGUGUAUUCUAUGAUGACACUUGCCACUCUGGGUUUUUUUAAAAUACUUGUGAUUAGAAUAAACAAUAACAGCCCUGCUUUACAAGUGGGGACACCCUUUUAAUUUUAAAAAACAACUAGAUACUGUGGAUCACAAAACUAUGUUUUACCUGUUCACAGUUUUGAAGAAAAAUGUAUCCAUCAUGGAACACACUCAUGUCUGCUUUCAGCUGCUGUUUUGAGAAAAAUGAUCACAUUUUUUCAGACAGUGGUAACUGGAUGAAGUUUUAUUCCGUGAACAUCUCCUGGCAGCAUCAGGUUUCAUCACACAGCUGGUUCUGUGUAUCCUGAUACAGGUUCCUGGUCAACUAGGCUUGGUUGUUAAAUAGGCUUUCUCUAAGAUUUUUUUUUUUUUAAUGCUUCUAUUCCCUACACUUGGAUACUUUGGAUAACUAUUAAAAUCCAGACGCUUAGUAGGUCUGUGGAAUUCAAAUAAAGAUAAAGCUCAGAGCUCUCAACAGUGUGAUCAUUUUUGUUCUGCAUUAUUAACCUAAGGCUAAGCAAUAAGUCCAUGUCCAGUGAUUAUAUAUUGCAAAACAUGGGACGAAUGGAGGCAAGUGACACUGAAAUGGGAAAAACAAGGGAAAGAAUUUGAGUAGCUAAAUGUUCUAUUGCUAUUCACUACAUUUAAAUAGAAACAUUUACAUUUAUUUCUCACCUUUGAUUUCUAUUGUGCCUAGUAUUUAGAGGCCACCUGGAGCCACAGUUUUAAGCUUUCUCCAGAAGAGUAGGCAUCUUUGCCAUGUUACAGAUCAUCAAAAGAAUGUUGUACCAUGAACUUUUAAAAUCAACAACAUAUUUAAUUUGUUCGUAAAACGGUCUGAAGAGCAGCCAUUUAGCUAAUUAUUGGAGGAUGACCACUUUGUUUUUCUGCCAUUCUCCUUGUUGUCUUCCAGUUGUGCUGUUUUCCUUAGGGCUGGGGUCUCGAAGGAAAUACUGACAGUAAUGGCCAUUCUACUGCUUAAUUUGUGUGUGGUUUGCUAGCUUUCUGCUUUAAAGAACUAGUAUUUUUGUGUUUUUAUCCUGUAAGCUGCCCUGCAAUCCAUACUCAACUGAACAAGACUGUGCCCAGAUGUGUGUGUUAUUCUGAUCAGCUGGCCAUUGAUGUGGCUCAGCUUCAUUGUCUUACAUCUCUGGAUGUUGAUAAUGAGGAACAAGUGGUAUAAAACUAGAACAAGGUGGUUCUUAACUCUAGCAUUGAUAAAUAAGGUAGACAGAAACUAUACUUCUACUUGUUUUGUUUUCUUUUAAAUGGAGAUCACUACCAUUUAUGGUGGGAAUGGUCUAGUAUUGGGAGAAAAUUAAAUUCACAGUUAAUAUAAAAUUCUGUUAGGAAAUUAUGUUUGAUCCAAUGCUAUAUGGAGGGGCCAGUUCCUUGAAUGUGCAAAUAAGUGGUGUCUUAAAAUUUUACUGCAGCUAUUUUUCGUGGUGCUAGUUUAUUAAGAUAGGGGAUUUGGGCAUUAUAGACAAAUUAACACAUUUUGUAAUGAAAUAAAGAAGACAGAAGCAGAGCUAUUUCAAAGUUGAUUGGAAUCUUUAUUUGAGUACUGUAAAAAUGAUAAAAUUUAUUGAAAUGAAAGACAAUACUCAACAUUUUGUUUUUAAGGGAAGAAGUUUCUUGUGGUAAAAUAAAAAUGUUUAUGUUUUCUAAUUGCAUAUAAGUUAUUCAUUCAUUCAUUUCAUUUAUGAAUCACUUUCCAUUUAUGAAUUGCUUUCAAAUACAAUACAGAUACAGACUGGGAUUAAAAAUUAAUUAUGUUAUGGAAGUUGUUUAGAUUUUAUUUAGCAACAUUAAUUAGUUAAAAGAAGGUUAGUGUGCAUUCCUUCUUCUGUCUCUGAACAUACAAUUUAUGGUAACUGAAGUAAAUAUUUGUGGAAUGUGCUCCUGUCUCUAGCUUCCUUGAGAAUUUAGGUUGCAAGGCAGUGUGGAUGACUGACUUAGAUCUAUUAUGAGUAGAACUAAUGUUGGAUAUAUUCCUGUAUAAAUAUUUUAAAUAAAAAGUCUAGUGACCUCUUAAAUUUAUGGUACUACUUUUGUUGAAGAUAAAAAUUAGCUUCAUUAGAACUUUACUGAACUAACUUUUCAGCUCAAAGACCAAGCCUAUUGCUGUCCUUGUAAUCAUAGUUUAAGCAGGAAUCUGUUUUUAGGGCUCUCACUAAGGUAACUAUAAACCUCUGUAUUCACAGUAGGCUUUCCCAGAUAGCUUUCUUAGAACUGUAUGCCUUAUCUGGCAGACAAGAUAGAGGAAAGCACUUCUUGACCACAUCACACAAUCACUACAGAACUUCCAUGUUUUAAUAAUAAUACUUCUUAGAGAAUUAGAGAACUAAGGGCACUUGCAUUUGCCUCAUUCAUAACAAAAGGGGCUUGAAAGAAAUAUUUUAAAGUUUUUAUUUCUAAUUAACCAUGGAGUCAAAACAUUUUCUUCUAAAACAAUUGGAAGUUAAGUAAGCAAACAUGUCAAGUCAAGAAGAGCAAACAAAAAAAAGGCAAAGGCUUUCUAAGGAGGGACUCUUAUUGUGAAAAUGCUCUCACCAUUGCUCACUAAGCUCAGCCUGCAAUUUUAACCCUACUUACCUGGGGAGUCCUUUGAUUUCAAUAGGACUUCUAGUAAAUAUGGUUAGAGCUACACUUUUAAUGUAAUAUGCUAGACAAGACCUUCUUCCUAAUAUAGAGGAAUACUUACAGGUGGCGUUCACUGUAAAAUUAUUUAUUUCUAUUUGAAAAAUGGCAGAACUGGAUAAUAGCUCAGUUGGUAGAGCAUGACAAUCUUAAUCUCAGGAUCAUGGGUUCAAGCAAUACGUUGGGCAAAACUUUCCUGCUUGGACUAGAUGACUCUAAUGACCUCAACUCUACAAUUCUGUGAUUCUAUGAUUUUAUCUUCACCAGAAAUUCUUAACUGGAAGGAAAUUUAGAAACUCUGCACACUGUAUAUAAAAGUCUAAGAUUUCUAGUCUGAACACAUGUAUUUGGUGCUUUACAAUUUUGUUGGGUCUCUAGAGUGAGAUCAGUUUAAACUUUGUUUAAAAACUGUUUAGACAUUUGCUUUUUUGUGUUGGAUAUUUAAUGUUGUUGAUCUUAAAACGUCAGGCAAGAGUAGUAUAAUGUUGUCAUUUGCAGAUUGAAAAGUUUUGUAACUGAGGUCACUAAUAGAUGGGAAACUUUCCUUCAGAUAUUCUGUUAACUUCCACCUGGGACUAUAAAUGCAGUCUAUGGCAGAUUUAGUACAUCUGAAGCUAAAAUGAGUCACAUAGGGUGUUGAUUCAUGAUCUUUGCAUAAAUAGGUUAACAAACUGGAAUUACCUUUUGUGGAAUUAGUCACAACAAAAGAUGCCAUCUUUCCCCCAGAGAUGGUUGGCCUAUAAUGAUCGGGAUUAAACCUUAAGUCUUACAAUAUUAAAUACUUGGAUGAUAACUAGUGUUAGUCAUAAUCUGUGUAGACAUAUUGAGCUCAAUGCACUUAAAUACAGAAGUCCAUGGAUUUCACUGGGUUCAGAGUCUGGCUAUCACCAAUUAUACUUAUAACAUGCUUGUCAAAUAUAUGUUGAGCCUUCCAUUGAGAAACUUCAAAGAAAAAGGUUGUACAGCUCUCCUCAGACCUUGUUUAGCAGAUGUGUGCUUUGCAAGAUGCUGCAUGCAUUCAAUUCUGACAUGCUGUUUAUUUGUACGUUGUUGCUACACAAGAAUGCUCCUUUCUAAUCUACUAUUAUGGCCAACUGCAUUAGCUAUUUUAGCACAUCACAGUAGCCCAGUUCGUAUGUCACAUUAAACCAGCAUGCUUGUGUAUGCUGCUCAAAAUUUCUCACUCUGCUUCUCUUCUGCAUCUGCUGCUGCUGCUGCCACCACUGAGAAACAAGCCAGAGUCCCGCUUGUUGUGACAUCUGAAACCAGGCUUAUGGCUUGUUAGGGGAAAAACAUCAAGCCUGAAUUCAGACACCUCAACAAGCCAGAGUCUGGUGUGUUUCUUGGCUCAGUAGGAGUGUUUACCAUCAUGCUUCUAAUUCACGUGGAACCAAAGUCUUUUGACUGUGGUUUCUUGAACUGUGGUGACCUGUGUGUUAUGUAUAUGGCUUGGUUUCAAUCUGUGGAGAGAAAGCAAUGGCAAAUAACUCAUUCCUAUUAAACUGGGCUAAAGCUGAUACUGUUAUUCUAGCUGAAUGCGAUUACAAAUUGUUGCUAAUUAUUACUGCGGAAUAGUCAAAUUAAUGAACAAGUUUACCAGGUGAUUGACUUUCACUCAACAUGAGCUAGUUGUUGAACAGUUGGCUGGAGUACAGUCUUCACCACUGUAGAAUCCUGCUUAAAAAUAAUUCAGUUCUUGGUUUAUGCUGGCUGUACCUCUGCAUUAAAAAUGGCCAUUUGGUAAUGACUUAACAAUUGUGUAAUGCUCUGUACUUCUAGUGCUAUGUAGCAAGAGUGGUACUUUUUAGUAAGGGGAAAUAAAAAUAUGCUAAAUGCGGCAUGAUUUAGGAAAGUCAUCUGGAUUAACUUUUUUUUAAAAAAGUAUAGAUAGAAUUUGAUGUUUUUUAAAAAAUAAAGCUAGGUUUUUAAAUUUAACUUUAUUUGUUAUAUUAGGUGUCACUUAAAGUAAUCUGAUAUAUUUUAAUGCAACACAAACCUAUCAUGGUGCGUAGCCAGACUUGGCUCAGAGAUAACAGACCAUGGUUUUAUACAUGAGUAAGUUAGCAUAAAUUGACAGCUUAACCUAAGUCUCAAGGUUGUUGUGAAGACAAAAAUGAAGAGGGAGCUCACUGAAGGAAAGGUGAGAGAUAAUUGUAAUAAUAAAUAAUAAGGUUUUAAAGCCCUUUUUUAAAAGUUAAAAACUAUCUGCAAUAAGAGCUAUGUUUAGGAGGAAAUAUAGAGGCUACCAGAUUUUGUAAAGUUUGACCACCCUGAUUAGUAAACCCCAACCACUUCAAUAAAAGUGGGUUAGAAACUCAGCUCUGUCCAAUUUAUGCCGUAGCUAUCCUACUGCCAAAUCUGCUCAAUUAUUCCAAAUCCUAGCAAGACCCAACAGUGUUAUACACCCAACAAGACUGCUAGUGUUUUCUCCACAGUUCAUUGUCCCUCUUUUAGCAGCACACUGCCAACACACACAAAAAACUUGCAAGGACAUAUUUUGCAAUAUUAUUCACAUUUGUUACAAGUGUUUUAUAAUGUGAUUCUUGCAAGUCAUCAGAAAGCCAUAUCUUUCACAGCCCAGAACAGAGGAGACAGGACCCAUCCCAUGUUUAAAGUUGACAUUAAAAUGUCACUGUGUGGGAUAUUCUUGCCAGUUGGUCAUUUACAUGUAUAUUUAAUAUAACACUGUGGUCACAUCUCCCAGUUGGUUCAACAACACUUACAUCUCUCACUGGGUUCAGCAUUUGCAUUUCUCAAUGACUGGAAGACAUAUGAAUCCAGUCUGUGUGAGGGUAGUUGAAGUCACCCAUUACUACAAAAUUUGCCUUUUUGGAUGCUUCUGUGAUUACAUUCUGCAUCUCAAGUAUGAGCUGUGUAGCCAUUAAUUUGUUUCAUCAGACUUGAAAAUGUAGGGUACUUGGAGCAUGAGAAAAAUAUAACAUGUAUAAUUUGUAUGGGUCUCUUACAAACAGUUGCUAAGUAUCCACAUUUUAUGGGAAAUACUUUUCUAUAGUCUCAUUAAAUACCAAGUAUUACUUUCUAAAACCUGAAUGAUGCCAGGGAUCAAAUUAGUUAAGAGAAAAUGAUAGUCUGGUUAGGCUGCUAACUAUUUCUGUGGUACAAGCAGUGUUGUAGAAAUCACGAGCACCUUGACAGUUGAGGUUGGUAUAUAAAACAGAAGUUUUCAGUCAUGUGCCUGUGUGUUGCUUAGAAACUGAACUUUUGCACCAGUCCUGGCUUAGAUAGCAGGAUAGACAUUAAGAAUAAUGCAUUCAAGACUCAAACACACAGGUAAACGAAUGCAUGUGCAUUGACAGAUGGAAGCAAAUAGAGUUGAUGCAACAUAAAUAGGUCCUUAGUUCUGAAAUUAAUAGACUAUUUGUUUGGACUCUUUCCAGUGACAUUAUGAUAACCUACUUUGAACCUUCCAUCUCCUUUGAGGGAUUGUGUAACGAAGUUCGAGACAUGUGCGCCUUUGAUAAUGAACAGCUUUUUACCAUGAAGUGGAUCGAUGAAGAAGGUAAGAUGAUACAAAGCAGAACUACUUCAUAAAAUACUAGUAUCUUCUACCCAGUGCUUUUUUCUGGGGGGACGCAGGGGUACACAUACCCCUAAACAUUUUGUGAAUCUAAGUUUGGCCUCAAUAAGGGACAGUAUUUCAAUAUGAGUUGGAAAAUGAGAGUACCCCUAAACAUUUUUUUAGAAAAAAAGCACUGCUUCUACCUAAUACCCCAGCUUUACUUCCCAGGACCAAAGUAGAAAGCAUUUCAUUUCAUCUGUAGCCUCUAUUUGCCAACAAAGAAAAAAGGAAAAAAGACCAUAGCAGUCUAUUUGAACUCUUUCAUGUGUCAGAUGUAGGCAUGUCAGUUUUCAGAGCAUUCCAACUAUAAACAUGGAGAAGGAGAACUUGAGACAUCUUAGUACUGUAUAAAGUGAAAAGUUUUAAGAUUCUCUGUUCUUUAGGGCAGUGAAUUCCAUAUGCUAUUCUAGUUCAUUGUCACCAAAUUUUAUGUAAUAUGAACCAAGAAAGAUCGUAUUCCCAUCGUAAGCUUUGGUAUUGAUUUUUGCUGUUUCUGUCAUGUGUUUUGAUUGUGUCUUAUGUAAAUGCAUUUUCAAGAAAUGCCUUCCUUAGUUAUAGGUCACUUAUUCUACCACAAUAGCAAACUUUUUAACUAUUGCCUGCAGAAGAAAAAAGCUUUCCUGUGUGCUGGUCAGUAAGUUACAAUAAAAUCAUUAGCUCAAGCUGCCGUGGAAAUGUACCACAGUUAAGUUUUGAGGGGGAGUAUAGAGAAAGAGUGUGCCAGGGAAAACAGAUGCAAAUAAAAUUACAGGAUUGGAAAGCUGCAGAACAAGUUCCUUAUUUUCCCAAAUGACUUGCAAUGUAAACUUCCUGGUAUUUAAUCUCAGUUCAGAGUUCCUAGUUCAGUAGAGAAAUUAUGUGAAUUGAAAGUAUACUAUCGUUGAGUUCCUUUAUUUGCAUUAGUGAAAGUGACCUAGACAGCAGACUGGAUUGCAGCCAUUGCUUCCAUAUUUUCCCACUUCUUUGCACUCAUGAGAGCUAGAGUCCUAAGUUUUGGAACAAAACUAAGAUUGUAGGGUUGAACAAUAAACACACCCAUGAGUCCGCAUACCUGAUGUGUUACACUUAAUGUAAUGGUUUUGUAGGUUGUGAGUCAUUGAUGAUGUGUUCAUAUUGGAGUGUACGAGCACAAUUUCAUCUUCAUUUGACUGUCCUUCCUGUUUCCUUCAUUCUGAAAGUAAGGAUUUUGUUGAGAUGGUGAGGUGGAGCAGGCAACUUUUUAACCUUGGCACACCUAGAAUCAUUGUUAUACAAAGUAAACAUUAAUUCUGGUAUGCACUAAAUAUCUUCAGGCAUAUAUAAGAACACCUGCCCAUAUUUCUUUUUUUGUUCUUUGUUUUGCUAAACUUGUACCACAAUUGUUUCUUUGCUUGGCUGAAGAAAAACAGGUUUGUUCUCUUAGUGUCCCUGAAUGAAAGCUUUCCUCUUUAAUUGCUACAAUUCAUUUCUGUGCAAUAUUCAGUGUCUGUCUUAGAUGCCCUUGUUUAAUCAGUUUUGAGCACAGUAAAAAGCAAGAGAUGUUGUCCUUUAGCUCUGGGUGCCAGUUGUAUCUCAAAUGACUUAGGAUGAAUUCCCAAAUAUACAAAUGGUAUGUAGGAUGGUGAAAAAGAUAUUUUUUACAGAAACUGUGAAGUUUGAUAAAAGAGAGCCAUUACAUCUCAAGAGAACCAUUUCACAUAGUAUUGUUGUUGUUGUUUAGUCGUUUGGUCGUGUCCGACUCUUCAUGACCUCAUGGACCAGAGCACGCCAGGCACUCCUGUCUUCCACUGCCUCCCGCAGUUUGGUCAAACUCAUGCUGGUAGCUUCAAGAACACUAUCCAACCAUCUCGUCCUCUGUCGUCCCCUUCUCCUUGUGCCCUCCAUCUUUCCCAACAUCAGGGUGUUUUCCAGGGAGUCUUCUUUUCUCAUGAGGUGGCCAAAGUAUUGGAGCCUCAGCUUCAGGAUCUGUCCUUCCAGUGAGCACUCAGGGCUGAUUUCCUUCAGAAUGGAUAGGUUUGAUCUUCUUGCAGUCCAUGGGACUCUCAAGAGUCUCCUCCAGCACCAUAAUUCAAAAGCAUCAAUUCUUCGGCGAUCAGCCAUCUUUAUGGUCCAGCUCUCACUUCUAUACAUCACUACUGGGAAAACCAUAGCUUUUACUAUACGGACCUUUGUUGGCACGGUGAUGUCUCUACUUUUUAAGAUGCUGUCUAGGUUUGUCAUUGCUUUUCUCCCAAGAAGCAGGCGUCUUUUAAUUUUGUGGCUGCUCUCACCAUCUGCAGUGAUCAUGGAGCCCAAGAAAGUAAAAUCUCUCACUGCCUCCAUUUCUUCCCCUUCUAUUUGCCAGGAGGUGAUGGGACCAGUAGCCAUGUUCUUCGUUUUCACAUAGUAUUAUGUAUCUGUAAAUCUGAGUCUGCUGAUAUUUUCAACAAAAAGUUGUUCUCAAUCACAGCUCUUCAGCAUGCAUACAUGUCUGCAAACUUGUUUGUUACAGUCAUUAAAUGUUUGCAUGUAAAAAUCAUAAUGUUUGAAAUAGCUCUGAAAAAAAGCUAGUUAUUCUUUGUGUAGCUGUGAGAAUAACUUUAGCCAGCCUUGAACACAAAGAAAGCCCUGCUGGAUCAGGCCCGUGGCCCAUCUAGUCUAGCAUCCUGUUUUUUCUGGUGGCCAACCAAAUGCCCAUGGGAAGUCUGCAGGCAGGGCGUAAGCACAUAAGUUUUCUCCUGUUCUUGUUCCUCAAGCGGCAUUCUGCCUCUGAUAUUGGAGGUAGUAUAUAGCCAUCAUAACGAGUAACCGUUUGAAGCCCAUGUCCUCCUUGGAUGUAAGCCUUGCAAAGUUAGUUUAUGACUUCUUUUAUUGACAUAUAAAAUAGAUUAAAUCCGCACCUAUAAAUCUCAAAGGAUGGGAGUGGGGAGGAGGAGUGUUUCUCGAGAACUAUAUUCUUUUUAAAAGACUCACUCUAUCAUAGAAAAUAUUGUGAAUGUGAUAUGCUAAUGCAACUUCAAGAAACAUAAUUUUAGAGGAAAAUUGGCACAUAUUUAGUUUAUCCAGUGAAUGUGGGGGUGUAAUGACAGAUUUUGUUUGCUAGGCUUAAGUCAAAAUAUUUUAAAAAUAAACAAUUCAUAAUUUUCCUUCUUUAGAUUGGAAAGCAAUUAGGUAGUUUCUCUGAAAUCUGAGGUGACAUAAUCAAGAACUCUAAAGAGAAUAUUACCCUUGGUUAUAGGAAUAUGUUAAGGAGCAGCUUGACUCAAGUUGAGCUGUAUUCAUUGAAUGAAUUCAUUUCUUUCUAGGGGAUCCAUGUACUGUUUCUUCUCAGCUGGAAUUGGAAGAAGCUUUUCGGUUGUAUGAACUAAACAAAGAUUCAGAACUCCUAAUACAUGGUAACAUGGUAUAAUACUGUUUUUGUGUGUGUGUUCAUGAGAGAAGGAGGGACAGAGAGGAAGGAAGGAAGGAACAUAUUCUUCAGCCUGCAUGAAUGACCUCUAUUUUAAUAUUUAAAUGUUCAUCAGCUUUGUUUUUUAAAAACACUUAACUUGUGUGCAAAGACUGAAGGAGCAAGUUACCGUAUUUUUCGCCCUAUAGGACGCACCGGCCCAUAGGACGCACCUAGAUUUGGGGGGGGGGGGAAUAAAGGGAAAAAAAUUAUUCCCCCCCCCCCCCGAGCUUCCCCCGACCCCAGCUCCCAGAACGGGACCCAGAGCGAUGCCGAAGCUGUGGGCAGCUUCAGCAUCGCUCUGGGAGCUUGCGGGGCUAGGGGGGCGGGGAAAGCGGAGCUUCCCCCUCCCCCAGCCCCCAGAACGGGACCCAGAGCCAUGCCAAAGCUGCGUGCAGCUUUGGCAUUGCUCUGGGAGCUUGCGGGGCUGAGGGAGGGGGAAGCCCUCCGCCAGCCUCCAAACCAGGUCGGGUGACAGCGGGAUGGCGUGCUGCGCCUCCCCGCUGUCCCCCGAGUUUGUGGGGCUGGCGAUGGGGAGGAGCAGGCUUCUCCCCCCCGUCAGCCUUCUAACCAAGUCGGGGGACAGCGGGAUGGCGUUCCGCCUCCCCGCUGUCCCCGAGGUUGUGGGGGUGGGGGUGGGGCUCUCCUUAAGCCUGGAGAGCGAGCGGGGUCGGUGCGCACCGACCCCUCGCCCUCUCCAUGCUUCAGCGAAAGCCUGCAUUCGCCCUAUAGGACGCACACACUUUUCCCCUUCAUUUUUGGAGGGGGAAAAGUGCGUCCUAUAGGGCGAAAAAUACGGUACCCUUGUUUAGGGAUAUUUGUUUUACAUACCAUAUUUGUCCACCUGCCUUCUUACCAUGCAAAAGGUUUUCCGGGGAGGGAAUAAACAAAAAUAUUUUUAACUAUACUAGACAUCACUUUGGCACAUCCACUCCUGAUUUGAGGAGUGGAGAAUACACAGGCUUUCCUCAUUAGUUUUUUGUUUAGUGCUAAUAAAGUUAGUGCUAGUAAAGUUCUGUUGUACUUGAAACAACUGUUGUCUUCAUGACUAUUUCUAUCAUUACAGAUUUUACACUUCUUGCUAGUAGGAAGUUGAGUGGGAGAAAUAUAAAUGCCAUGGACAACUUUUUUAUUUUUAUAUGAAUGCUAGUUACCGUUCUGAGGCACUUAUGUGAUCCAUUCUUACCGUAACUGAAACGAGUCCUUUAGAAACACAUUUGGAGAUGGCUUUUGAAAUGUGACUUCGUAUAUGUGGCCUGCAUGUGCCCUAGAUGACACUGAAUGCUCAAUUCUCUCCUUUGUAACUUAGGGCCACUGCUCACGCAACCAAGCAGUUUGGCACUGUUUUCUGAUGCAUAUUUUAUCUUUUCACAUAUCAUUAAAAUAAUAGCUAAUGCAGUAUUACUGAUUUUCGCCCCCUCCCCCAGUGUUUCCUUGUGUACCAGAAAGACCUGGAAUGCCCUGUCCAGGGGAAGAUAGUAAGUAUAAUUAUUUGAAAUAUGCAGUGUUACCAUAUUUUUAAAAUCUGGAUCCUUGUUGUGUUUUUGUUUAUGGAGUGAUUUGUUUGUUUAUACUUAUUAAAUAUAAAUAUACCACUCUUCAUCCAAAGAUCUCAAGGUGGUUCACAGCAUAAAAAUCAAAAUGAGAACAGAAAAUACAUAAUAAAACAAAAACAAACAAAUAACCUCAUUCUACAAACACAUUUAAAAGGCCAUAGAAUGUUAAUGAUCCAAAGGCCUGGUUAUUAAGAAGUGUUUUCACCUGCCAUCUAAAAAUAUGUAAUGAAGGUAUCAGGCGAGCCUCCCUAAAUUUUACCUAAAUUAAAAAUAUACAUAACUUUCAAUUUUAUGACUGACUGGCGAGUACAGUAUGGUGGUUAAUCAAAUAAUCUGUGACCCAAGAAACUCCAGUUUAAAUUUCACUUUAUCUGUGAUGUUACUGAUGGUGAUAGGCAAGCUGAUAACUAUCAAACAAUCAUGCUUACACCCAAGAUCCAUAACGGAAUAAAAACGCUAGCCAACCUUCAAGGCCAGUUUUAAAGUUUACUGAGAUUAUGUGAUACACAAGAGUAAAAACCUUUAUAAAUACAAAAUAAUUGUUAAAUAUUUGGGUAAUCUAUUUACAUAUGCUUGACUUGCAUAAUUCUUGAAACUGGGCUCAGUUUGAUAGCUAGGGACAAAGCAAGCAGCCUUCUCUGGAGUUUUUGUGUGAUUGUUUCUAAUUUCUCCCCCUAGAGUCUAUUUAUCGUCGAGGUGCACGGCGAUGGCGAAAGCUCUAUUGUGCAAAUGGUCACACUUUCCAAGCCAAGCGAUUCAACAGGGUAGGUUUUAAUAUACUUUACUGAGACUGUUCUUUCAUUUGUAGUUAACCUCUCCUAAUAAAUAUCACCUUUUCGAAAUGGACUUUGUCCUCCUGAGAUAUUAAAUGCCUUUUUAUAUACGUACUGAUAAUUAGGAAAUAGGCCUUAAAAUAUCAAAUUUACUUUGUCAGCUGCAAGUCCAAUCAGAGUUUAUUUAGUUUUCCAUAUAAUAGAACUUCAUCUGUAGGACUAUUUAUUUCUGAGCACCCUGUGGUUUUCAACUAAAUGUGAUGCUUUAAAAAUGCGCUAAGUCCUUUAAAUGGGAGAAAGCUUUGCUCGUGAGUGUUUAUGCUGGGAUUCAAAGUACAGUGGUACCUCAGGUUACAUACGCUUCAGGUUACAGACUCCACUAACCCAGAAAUAGUAGCUCGGGUGAAAAACUUGGCUUCAGGAUGAGAACAGAAAUCGUUCUCUGGCGGUGCAGCGGCAGCAGGAGGCCCCAUUAGCUAAAGUGGUGCUUCAGGUUAAGAACAGUUUCAGGUUAAGAACGGACCUCCGGAACUAAUUAAGUACUUAACCCGAUGUACCACUGUAUUGGAUUUAAAGCCCAAUAUCUACAGAAUAUUGGGCACCCUUAUUUGUUAGUACAGUGUACCUAUAGAUGAGUCCGGUGAUCAUGGAUAAUGAAGGAUCCUGACAACCGAGGAAUGUUUAUAUAGUGCUUUAUAACAUACAAAGUGCUUCACACAUAGUAACCAUCACAUUGAGACUAGCGUAUUUCUGUUUAAUAACCCAGAAGAUGAGCCACCCUUUCCCUGAUGCAUGCAUCCCCUUUGACUUGUCCCUUCACAACAGUUCUGUUCUGGAAGCCUCUAAAUAAUAUUUUCCUAUUCUAACUGAAACAGGAAACUGCGAUUGCCAGAAGAAGCCAGGGUAUUAAACCAACUUCAUAUCAUAUAUCAUAUCAUAUCAAGCACUCUUGGAUGAAACUGAUUAUCUUGACCCAUUUUAAUCUGGCUUCAGACAUGGUUAUGGGACUGAAUGAGCCUUUGUAGCUCUGCUAGAUAACCUUCGUCACGAGGACAACAGAGGGAGUGAAACCCUUUUGUUCUUACUUGAUAUUUUUGUCAGUGGUUUUUGAUAACCACUGGCAGUUGUAUCCUUUUGAACCAACUCACUGAGAUGGGUAUUGGAGGUGCUGUUUUACAGAGAUUCAACAAAACUUAAAAUUGGGUAUUUUUUAUGCUCAGAAUUUGUUAUAUAUAUUAUCAUUUAAUCAGAUUGGUUAUCUCAUCAUUGCGUUAUAAAAUGUGUAUAUAGUCAAAAAGCCAGAGAAUAAAUAGAGAGGGGGAGAAAGAUUUUUUUAAAAAACCAAAUUAACAAAACUGAGCAUUUUAAAUGUAUGUAGUGGGGAACAUAAUUUUACCAUGAGAAAGCCAGACACAACACAAAAAGAGCACUUGUGAGCUAAUUACUUUAACCAUAACUUCAGAGCAACAGGUUAUCAGAUUUUUCAGUGUGGUAUUUUGUGAGUAGAUACCCUAUUGCAUGAGUCGUAGUUUGAGGGUAUCUAGAUACUGUUAGUAUCAUUGGUCAAUGGUCAUUUGCCUGUUUGUUUUUCAGAGAGCUCAUUGUGCCAUCUGCACUGAUAGGAUAUGGGGACUGGGACGCCAGGGAUAUAAAUGCAUCAAUUGUAAACUCCUCGUUCACAAAAAAUGUCACAAACUGGUCAGCAUAGAAUGUGGCCGACACGCAUUACCACAAGUAAGUGAUAUUGAUAGCUAUAACCUUCUCCAGUGUGCAUAUAAAUACACAAGUAUACAUAAUGAUUUUACUAAGACUGUGAUGGGGACCUAGGGUGGGAUUAGCCUAACAUGCCCCAUUAGAGUAAGCCCUGUGCUAAGACUUCCACAUGCAAUGGGGCUUCCCCCCAUAUCCCCAAAAUAAGCUCUGGGGGUUGGAGAACCUCCAGACCAGUGUGCUGGGGGAGGUGAGGGGGGCGGUUCUGUUUGACAAGCUGAUAAAUUUGUACAGAUGGAAAAACUGGAAGAGCACAAAAGCUGAAUGCCACAUUCGACUUUCACUUCUUUGAUUCUGGUUUUUAUAUCUGAUGUUGCCUCACUAAAAUAUAACACAGCUGGUUUGCUUUGCUGUUCUGUGAAAGUGAAUUUGGAUGCCAAUAUGGGCACUUCAAUCCUGCUUGAUUUUGGUAACUAAACGAUCCUAGCUUUUGAACUUGAGGUGUAUAUUUUGAGAACCCACCUCAUUUUUGUGAUUAUAAGUUGUUUUAAACUGUUUUUGAUACUGGGUUUUAUUGUUGUGAUCAGGCCUGGGACCUUACUGUGAAGUGUGGGUAAUUAUUAUUAAAUAACAACAACAACAACAACAAUAAUUUUGAAUGAAUUUUGAAUUUGUGUUUCAAUGAAUGAAACACAAAAAUUGUGAGGCCCUUAAAUUUUGCACCAGACCUUGUGGCUUCUGAUCAAAGAUUUAUAUAGUCUGGUCUGUGCAUUAAUUAUUUUGAAGAAUGCCCUACUCUGUUUAGUGGAAUUUAUUCCCAAGUACAAGAGCAUAGGAUUGAAAUCUUAGAUUUAGACUGCCAGUUUUGCAAUUUGAGCCAAUGACAUAGCUCCUUGUAGAAAACAGAAAAGUUGUAAUCUUAUUCUUUGACUUUUUGUAGGAGUCUAUGGAUCCUUCAUCAGUGCAUCUUGAUAACAUGGAACCAGGUAAGAACGGUGCUUUCUGUAAUUAUAUUGAAAGGACCAAAUGUGGACCCCCCCCCCCCCAAAAAAAUGAAUUAGUGCUUCUUAUUUGCAUAAUAAUUUCUGGGUUUUAUCCAACACUGUGCAUGUUCCACUUAUACAGCAGGACUUUUCCUGGAACAGAUUUUGAGGGUUCAAGGGAGAGGAAGUUCCAUCGUGCAGGCAAAAGUAUGCUGCAUGAGCAGAAUGGCGGUGUUGAAUACAAUCUUCUAUUUUUUAAAUCUACUGUGAGCAAGAAGCAAAACUAUGUAUUCUUCACUGACUUUAAAUGAAUCAUUUAUUUGUGAUCUCUAUAUAAAAGCAUCUUUAGAAGUGUGUUCUGUUAACUGCAGGGAACGGGCACAGCCAUGCCUACCCAUUUAAUUUCAUGUAAUUUACUGUGUGGUUCCCUGUGGAUGUACAGAAGAUGACUUCAUAAUAUGGCCAUGUUUGAGAUAAUGCAGCAAAAUUAAUUAAUUUGUAGGACGUUCAAGCAGACUUUGCCAAUUUACCAUCUUAGAAGCAUAAAAGCAAAGAGGAAUUUCCAAUCACUUGCAGAAAGGAAUUGCAUUUGCCUGUAAUUUUGAUACUAUCCUUACAUUUUUUUACUUUUAGUGAUUCCUUAUCAUCCUUCAAGUCAUGAAAGUUUGGACCAUGUUGGUGAAGAAAAGGAGGUAUUCUAAUUGUUUAAUGUCUUGGUUUUUUACUAAGUUAUCUGUGCAUUUCUGGAAUAUUAAGAAACUUACCUGUAACUUCCAACACAACAUAUGCAGCUCAGUUAGCCUAUUGUUAAUAGAAUUUUUGAGGUCAGAAAAGCUCUCAAAGAUCUGACAGUAUUACCCAGGGCAAUUCUAUUUAAAUGUUUCCAUCUACCCAUAGGCAACAAGUAUUAGAGAAAGUGGUAAAGUAUCUUCCAGUCUGGGUCUCCAAGAUUUUGAUCUACUUCGAGUUAUAGGGAGAGGAAGUUAUGCAAAAGUACUUCUGGUUCGGUUAAAGAAGACUGAGCGCAUUUAUGCAAUGAAAGUUGUGAAAAAGGAACUAGUAAAUGAUGAUGAGGUAAGUGGUAUUUCUGUUAAAUGAACUGUUCUUUAAAUUCUGUUUUAUAUGAAUGGUGGCAUAUUAGAGGUCAGAUAACUCCCCUGUAAUUUGUGAUCAUGUUUGGUUGUAUUCAAAGUGGCACUUCUGAGUUUGGUUCUUAACAAGUUAAUCAGGUUUUCCACUAAUUAAAACUCUGUCAGCAAUUUAAAAGAUAUGGAAAUGUUGGACCAAAUCUCCUUUCAGGAAGAGCCCUUCCUGUUUAUGUAUAAAGACAAUCUUGGGUACUCAAGGUUAGUGUCUCUGCAUUGUGACAUGAUAGUUUUCUUAAACUAUUUCUCAGACUUCAAAUAACUAUUUGUGCUUAAAGACAUUGAUGGUAUAAAUGCAUUUAAAGGAAGCUAUCACCAUAAGCAACUUAAAGACCAUGGGGAGUUUAAGCCUGUUUUGAAAUUGCAUUGUUGUAUAAUUUUGGAAACAAAAUUCAAUUGCAUCCUACGAAUUGCUGAAUAUGGGAGCAGAAUAUUUGACUUUAGAAAUGGGUAUGACUUUUUUCAGGAUAAUUAAGAAUCUUAUUAUCGUCUGCCUACAAGAGCCAGGAAAUCAUAUUUCUGCUUAUCUGUUGCAAGUUAAUUAAUAUUAGCCGAAAGUAUUACAAAAGCAACUGUUCUGUGUAUUUUUAUAAUAGGAUAUUGAUUGGGUUCAGACAGAGAAACAUGUCUUUGAGCAGGCUUCAAAUCAUCCUUUUCUUGUUGGCCUUCACUCUUGUUUCCAGACAGAAAGCAGGUAAUUGUGUAAUAUGAUUUUUGCAGGUUCUUUCACUUGAUCCUUUUUAUAAUAAGCCAUUAUUUUCCCCCCAACACUAAGAUAUAAUUAGCAACAUACAGCACUAACACUUAUGCAGUUUCAUCAAAAAAGACUUGAACGACAGGUUCCUUAUGAUCAGAGAAGAUGGCUGUAAGGAAAUCUUGAGCUGCAAAAAUGAUUUUCAAAAGAGAGUUGUUGAACAAUGAAGCCAUCCGUAGAAUAAAGGAUAGUAGAAUGAAAUGUAAAAACAGCAUGCAGAAGAGCUGGUUUCUAAUUGGGAGUAGGAGAACUAUAGUUAAUGAAGGUGGAAAGAUGGGAACCAUGUGUGCAGAGAGAUCAUAGUCUGCGUUAAAGUUUGAACACAGUACAGAUAAGGAGAAAAGCCAGAAUGUGCCAAAACAAUUGUUUGCUUUUUCAUUGAGUGUUCAAAACCUAAGUAAAAUGGAUUACUAUAAUAAAGAAAUUGCUUAAGCAUAGGAAAAUACUUUGAGGAGUGGUGAAGUGAAUAUAAUACUUCAGUUCAGGCAUCCCCAAACUCGGCCCUCCAGCUGUUUUGGGACUACAGUUCCCAUCAUCCCUGACCACUGGUCCUGUUAGCUAGGGAUGAUGGGAGUUGUAGUCCCAAAACAGCUGGAGGGCUUUAGUUGAUCAAAUGUCUUGAAAACAAAGCCGCAUACAGGAGACACACAUGGUGUGAUAUAUUUAUUAAAGAAGUUGGUAGUGCAAGGUUGUAAAAUAGGAAAAGAAGGAGGUAGGUGAUAAACAAGCCUUGAAUCAUUUUCUCAUAGUGGCCUAGGUGCUGCUGUGUCACAUACUUCAAUAUACAUGCCUGUUUACUUACCAUGGUAAAACACGAGAGAAUAUAUCCUCAGGCAAACCUUUUCGAGGAAGGGUAGAGUUUGACGAAAAGGGAGUACAAGGAAAAUCAAAACACAAGUCCUGAAGCAUUCAGCGGAGCUGUACUCCCAACUACCUAUCAGUAAAGGAAUAAGAUUAUAAGAUGUAUGUUAGAAGAUUUAUAGUGUAAACUGCCCAUUGAUCUGCAGAGGAAGGGUGGUAUAGGGCUGUGUUCAUGUUGAAAAUACCUGCAAAGGGAGAAUAGAUAGGCAUGUUUUAUUGAUGUUUGAGAUGGACUAACCAAAGAGGAGAGGGGGAACGCUCUGAAAGCACUUCAGUUGUUAAGUUUGUGUAGGUGACAAGGUGGACCAUAAUAAUAAAAGUAUGUAAGAAUCAAGCCAUUAUAGAAUUUACUUCUGUGUUCCAGACUAUUUUUUGUUAUAGAAUAUGUAAACGGAGGGGACCUCAUGUUUCAUAUGCAGCGCCAAAGGAAAUUGCCGGAAGAGCAUGCAAGGUAUGUGUUCCUGCCAUGACUUUUGCACAUUGUUAUGGAUUGAGGGAAAACCCAAAGGUGUCUAAUUACAUGGAACAUCUCCUUUUGCCUCCCAAUUUUAAUUAUUGUUUUGGUCAGCCUAAUUAUUGAAAUGAAAGAGUUGCAUUUGGUGGUUCUUAUCUUCUCUUUCAGAGAUGCUCCCAAAUGAAUCUAAUUUCAUUUGCAAAGUACCCUAGAACUCUGAAAUGGGUGCACCAGUCAUUUUAUGUGGCACUGGCUCGUAUUCCACUAUGUUUUGCUCAAAGGAGACCUAUUGAAAUUAAUGGAGCUAGCUUAGUCAUAAUCAUUUCAAUGGGUUUACUCUGAGUAAAACUUAGUUAAGUACCACCUACUGCCUCCUGUGCUCAUUCUUUGCCAGCACAGCUGAGUGAGGUGAAUAAAAGUUGUAUGUUCUUUACUUGUUUAUACCUUCAAUUUCUAGAUUUACUUUCUCACUCGUCUUAGCUGUUGUUCUUGAAUUUCUCAGGCACCAUAGUUUGAUCUCUUCUGGCAGACAUAAUUGGCUCCUACUUCAAAAAGCCUUUUAAAACUGCCAAGAGACUGAUUUUUAGACAUUUAACUUUUUUUUGCCACUCAGCAGAAAGAAGACACAAAAAGGCUAGUUGUGUUCAUAUGCAUCAGUGCUUGGAAUUACUGGGGUUCAACUGAAGGGUGGAAGGGUCAGGUCACUACUAAUUAUACUUAAUAUAUUCCAGCUUUCUCAAAGACCUAAAACUCGAAUACCUAAUGAAGAAAGGUAGAAAUAGCUCCUCCACAGAAGAUGUAACAUUCUAACUUAUAGAUUUCAGGGAGGCCUGAGAUGACUAAUAAGCUUAGAAGGGACACCCAGUUUCAUAACGCUGGAUAUACACUGCUGGUGUUGUUGGAUCUAGCUAUGGAAGCUUAAGAAUAAAAUAAGGCACUUCAAUUUCAUUUUAGGUUUUACUCGGCAGAAAUCAGUUUAGCAUUAAACUACCUUCAUGAACGAGGAAUAAUUUAUAGGGAUUUGAAACUCGAUAAUGUGUUGCUAGAUUCUGAGGGGCAUAUCAAACUGACUGACUAUGGCAUGUGCAAGGUAAGAGGCAAAAUCUCCAAACAUCUUGAAGUCUUGAUUUUCCUAACAUGAUUUUCCUCCCUAGAAUGUGCGGUAGUUUUUGAUUAGGUUGGCUUCAUUAAAAUAUGUACAAUGAUGCAAUCAAAUUACCAAAUAACUGGAGAGAAGAGGAAUAUCCAUGGACUGCAGCUGUCAUGGUUUCUCUUGACUCAUUUUUUCAAGUUGUUUAGAAGCAGCAGUAAGUCUAUGCUACUAGGUUGGGCUGCCAUGCUGUCCUCCCAUAAGCACACAAGCUUCAGUUAUUGCUGUUUUCCUCUAUCCCCUGCAGCCCCAAACAUGACUUCCCCCACACUGUUCAGGGGUGGUCUCACAGUCCUCCAAUCCAGAUUUUCAGGGGGAUUUGAGUAGAUUGUUAAAAAAUGCUGCCACCUCUGGCCACCAGUGGGAGCCUCAGGUAGUUUGGAAUUGUGCUAACUAGAUUUUCUACUAAUUCAGUAAAAUGAUUUUCCAUGGACUUUAGCUAGCAGCCCAGAACAUCUUCAGUUUUUAGAAAGAGCGGUACUUUUAUCUUGAUCUAGUGCAGUGGUUCUCAAAGGGUGUGGCGCUCCACACUGGUUUGGCAGGAGAGGAUGGCAAUUGUGGCAGGAAGAUUCAAGAACAAUCAAAGAAACGUUUAAACUUUUCAGUGUAGUAUAAUGAAAUACAGGAGUAUGCCACUGGACUCUUUUUGGAUAUAGAACCAGAAACAACUCUUCUUCAAGAGCAUUCACUAUUCUACAGUUCUCCAUGACAUAUUAUUGUGAACAAUUCUGACAAAUAUGAAAGAUCAGAAGAGAGACUUUUGUCUCAAAUUAGAUCUAAUAUGAAUAAGAUUACCCUGCAAAAGCAAGCUUACACCUCUCAUUGAGUGCAAAAGACUUGUUUAUAAUUCUAUUUUGGGAAUGAUUCCUGUUCUUAUGUAGCUGUAUUGUUUUAUACUUUCUGGAUGUCCCACAAUCAUAUUAUAAAGUAGUUGUGAUCUAUGCUAUAGAUCAAGCUAGGAGUUGUUUCUUUUUGUUUUCCAAUGUAUUUCUUAUCAAUUAAAAUUUUUAUUCUGGAAGUGUGGCGCAUGUAUGAAAAAGAGCUCGUAUGUUUGCUCUUGCCUGUUAAAUUAGGUGUUGUGCAGUUAAAACAACUGACUUGCUAUUAUGAUGGGAAGCAGAAUAAAUAUUUGCGUACGAUUUUCAUUCCCCUUUGUUUCCGUUUUAAAAGGAAGGAUUAAGGCCUGGAGACACAACAAGCACAUUCUGUGGCACUCCUAACUACAUUGCUCCUGAGAUCUUGCGUGGAGAAGAUUAUGGUAAAUAUUACAUGUAUAAAUACCAAACCUGGAGAGCAUGAGUAGUUACCACACAAACCAAAUGUCCACCACAGUUUCCCCCUGGCACUGAACCCCUCUUGUACUCAAAAUGAUUGUGCAAUUAAACCUAGCACUUGAUCCAAAUGCAAAAUAAAUUGACAGUGACCAGUUCUGCUUCAUCAGUUUGAUUUCUUAGAAUGUGGGAACAUGUUUGAGCUCCCCCAAAGCACUGCUUAUCCUGCAGCCCUCUUAAGUAUUUCCCCGCCCUGUGCAGAGGAUGUGGGGGCCAGAGGUCUGGCAAGAAAGCAAGGAAGUAGAAGGAGUACAGUGGGGUGCAGAGAAAAGAUAAAAAGAUAAUAAGCAAGAAAAAUGGGGAAAGUGUGAGGUUUUUAAAAAGAAAGAUGAAGCAGGCUAGGUUCUUAGGGAGCUUGGCUACACCAGACUGGCCACAGCAAGAGGUAGGCCAGUUUGAUCAGUGGGAUUGCCCUCCCGCCAGGUGAAUUGGUCAGUAGAUUAGACCCUCCCUGCCUGAGCCGAUGGAAGGUGCCAUCCCAAGCUGUGGAGCCCACCUGCAACCACUUGGGGAAUUGGCUUACUACCUCUUUGGGAGAACUAGGCCAUAGCGAUCAUAAGGAUGUCAUUGAAAGCCUGGAAUUUCUUAUCCACCUAGAUUUACCUUGAAAUCCUCGAUUGUGUAGUCUAACCACUGCUCUUCUUCCUGCUAUAUCUAUUACUUUCCACCACAUCUUUAAAGGCUUUGCCAGAUAAACAUGCUGAUUAUACCAAAUCCUUUUAAAGUAGUGUUCUGCUUUGUUUUAAAUCACAGGAUUUAGUGUGGACUGGUGGGCUUUAGGUGUCCUGAUGUUUGAAAUGAUGGCAGGCAGAUCACCAUUUGAUAUUGUUGGAAGCUCUGAUAAUCCUGAUCAAAAUACAGAAGACUAUCUUUUCCAAGGUAAGUAAUUCAAAAGCACAAUUUUUAGUUUGUUCAAGCAGUUGAUUCUGUGAAAUGUACAAUGAGGCAAGGUUUAUCUCCUGACGAAUGCCUGAUUCCCAAGUAGAUUUGUGCUUUCUGAACAAACAUAGUGCAAAAUUAGCUAAAGGACAGCAGUGUAUUGGGCUGAUUUUCCAUUGUCUUUAGAGACAUGAAAGUUUACUUCUGUGGCUAGAUCUUAACUUUUAAAAUAAAGGAGGGUGCAGUCAAGUUCCUAUACCAGAAAAGGAAACCUACAUAUCUUUUAAAAUUAUUCUAUGUAUUUAAAGCACAAAAGAGGUGAAAUUUAUAUCCCAUGGUCCAAAAGAAUACUACUAUUUAGCAUAAAAAACAGAAUUAAUUUAGUUCAACCUCUUAUACAGAUUGAGUUUUCCGUUGUACAUCAGUUCCAAAACACACCUUUAGAAUUUUAAAACAGAAAAUUCAUGAAAUUAAAAUGUUAUUAAUUAUUUCUUCUAGUUAUUCUAGAGAAGCAAAUCCGUAUCCCACGAUCCCUUUCUGUGAAGGCAGCAAGUGUUCUAAAAAGCUUUCUUAACAAGGUAAGAGCUCGUGCCAUAUUUGGGUUGAACUUUGGUUCUUAAAUAUACAUGUUACAGGUUUAAAACUGGCAAGAGAAAAUUAGUAUAAAAAUAUCAAAAUACAUAUUUGGGAAGGAAUGUAAUAUGAGCACUUUAACAAUUUGUGUACUGAAACUCAUUUAUAUUUACAAUCUGUGCCUGUUUACUGGCCCAGUUACAAUAGUCUUAUUAAGCUUAAUUUGACCUUCAUGUUACAUGUUUUCUUUACCUAGGAUCCAAAAGAACGGCUAGGUUGUCAUCCUCAAACAGGGUUUGCAGACAUUCAGGGACAUCCGUUUUUUCGUAACGUUGAUUGGGACCUGGUAAGUGGACAGUAUAAAUAUUGCUUUUAAAUAGUACUAUGCACAGUGAAUAUCUGAAAUCUUGCCUGGAUGAGAGAGCCUCUGCCAUUGUCAGUAAAAGUUGCCAAAAAACAUUGAGUUUUCCCCAUAGAUUUUAUAUUAUAAGCAGAUAAUUAAUCUUCUUGGGGGAUGAGCAAUGUCCUUUCAAGUACUCAAAGUGAGCAUGGACUAUGCAGUGCAGUAGUCAUUUUAGUACUUCAGGAGCUCAGUUCCCUUUUACCAUACUACUACUCAGAAGUUUGAGGAUUAUGUUCAGAGCAAGGGGUUUUAAAGAUUUAACAAAACUUAUAUACUGCUUGAUUGUAACAAAAUCUCUAGGUGGUUAACAAUAAAUAUUAAAAUUUUCAUUAAAAAAGUAAAAACAAUUAAAAAAAGGAGUAAACUAAAAAGAGAUUAAAACAUGUCAGCAUGUAUACGUCUGGAUAGAUUUGCCUAAACAAAAAUAAUUUAAGCAGAUGCUGAAAAGAAUAUCGCAAAUAUGUCUGUUUGAUGUCACCUACUACCUAAGUGUAGGUGAUGCCACACAAAAAUUUCUUAGAAGUAUGGGAUUAUUAUUGUGUGGCACUUGUUAAUAGUGUCACUUUGGCAAAUCGAAGCAGUUGAGUGGGCACAUAUUGGGUAAGGCCAUCCUGCAGAUAAACUGGUCCCAGGCUUGUUAAGGGCUUUAUAUACCAGGAACAGUACCUUGAACCUGAUCCUGUAACCAGUGAAAAUCUCUAAGCAGACAUGUUUAUAAGUUGGCAGGGUCUCGCUUCUGUCAGCAACCAUGCUGCAGUAUUCUGUACUAGCUGCAGUUUUCAAAUCAAGAGCAAGGGAAGCCCCAGAUAGAGUGCAUUGCAGUAAUUUUAUCUUGAAGUCACCAGUGCCUGAACUACUGUGGUCAAAUUAAGCUGGUCCAGGAAUGGUUGUAGCUGUUGUAUCAGGCACAGCUGGUAAAAAGGGCUUCUAGGUACUGAGGCAGUCUGGGCUUCCAGAAACAGAGCUAGGUAUAGAAGCACCCUGGACUGUGUAACCUGCUCGUUCAUAGGGAAUGCAACCCCAUCCAGGUUUUGUUUUCUGCCAUGGGAACCACUUGCCUGCAGAUUUGCCAAACUGGCACCAGUCCAGGUGUUAUCCUGAUUCCAAUGUAAUAAAUGGAGAAUUCGAGGUGAGUGUCGACAGUGUGCUGGUGGCACCUUGGCCCCAAACUCCUGAUAACAGUUCCCUGUGGCUUCAUGUAGAUAUUAAGUAGCACUGGGGGAUAAAAUAGUUCCCCGUGGCACCCUGUAGCAUAACCACAAGGGGGCCAAAAGCGUUCUACCCAUUAUACUCUGCAAUACAGAGCCUCCAAAGCAAUAGGAUCAUUGUGUGGAAUAAAAGCUUACAAACACUAUAACCCAUAGUUUGUCCUCCUAAGAGAAAUGUGAAUUAUCCUUAAUGCACUCUAUAUAAUUAUCCAACAGCAACACUUAAAUGCUAUGUGAACUUACUCCUAGAUGGAGCAAAAGCAAGUGGUUCCUCCCUUUAAACCAAACAUAUGUGGAGAAUUUGGUCUGGACAACUUUGACUCCCAGUUCACAAAUGAGCCUGUUCAACUCACCCCUGAUGAUGAGUAAGUAAAUGAUUAAGCUACUAAACUGAGCGAAAUGCUCCCUUGCAAUUCUAACAGCUCUUAUUGUGGUAGUAUGUGCCGUGAUGGAACUUCAGAACCUCUAACAGUUUCCAGAAGUAGAGACAAACAAAGAAGGCUAUCCACAUUCUGCCUUGCUUGUAGGUAUCCUGGAUGAUUGGCCAUUGCUGGAAGCAGAACACUGAAUUGGAUAGAUGCUUAGUCUGAUUCAGCAGAGCUGCUCAUAUUCCCAUGUGACCAAAAAUGACUACCCCAUUGGGGUGAACAAAAUGGCAACUGGUAAAUUGCACAAUGAAUUGUAACUAACAUGGUUUCUGAGAUUUUGAAAAAUAUAAUUGGGGCCAAUCCAGGAUUUUGUAACUUCAGAUAGGAAGGAAGCACAGGAAGCCACUUUAUACCAAAACCAGACUUAGUGUCUGUCUUGCCCAGUAUUGCCUGGCACCUACUUUCCAGGGUCUCCAGUAGAGAUAUAUCAUAUCACCUGUUACCUGAUCACAAGUAGUGAUGACAUGAAUUGACCCUGAAGCCAUCUGCAUGCAAAGCAUCUAUGUGUGGCUGGGGAAACCUAGCUAGAUGGGUGGGGUGUAAAUAAGGUUAUAUGAGGUUAAGGUUAUAUGAGGACAAGCGUAGAUAUAUUUCUAACUUUGGAGAGCGAAUACUUGCUUAUAAUAAGAACUGGUGGAAAUUACCUGGUAUUGUUCAGGAAUUCUAAGCACCAAAAAAAUUAGAAAUUUAUAAAUGGAUAGCAUAAUUUAUUAAUUUCUAGGCCUGUGCAUGCUCCUCCAAUCUGACUCCGUUAACAGCUGACCAGGAACUCUGAAUCAACUCGGAGAGCAGGGCUAAUGUUAAUUAGGGUUUUUUAAACCCAAGGUAGUCAGCAGGAGGGCUGAGGAAGGAAGACGGUAUAUCUCCUUAGGCCCCCUCCUCCUGCCACACUGCAGAGAGUGGAAGGGUUCAGUCCUGUUGGGUGCUGUUUCAUCAGGGUGUUGCCCACACAGAACACAAUAGUGAAGCAGCCAGCAAUAUAGCACCCGUGGUGGGCAGCUCCUGCACUGCUGCUCCAUGUGCUUGGCUAUUCUGCCAGGCCUAAUUGUCCUCUCCUCUUUGUCUUCCCCUCUCAUUGUCCCAGUCCAUUGGUGCUGCUUACCUGGCUGCUGCUAUCACCGUUAUAUUACGGGAAGCGGCUGCCUGAGCCCAACUCUCCUCACUUUGCGCCACCCUGCAAACCAGCUCUUGCACCAACUAUAUCACCAAUGGGGCUCUCCCCAGGGUGGCUCACCUGGCAGCUUCAUUUCGUAUACCGUAUUUUUCACUCUAUAAGAUGCACCAGACCAUAAGACACACCUAGUUUUUGGAGGAGGAAAACAAGAAAAAAAAAUACUCUGAAUCCCAGAAGAUGAAGGCUCCCUGCUGCCCUGAAGAGGCCUUGUGCGGCUAUCCCAGAAGCUAGAACAGUGAGAGGGAGCGCUGCGCAGUGAUCCCUCUCCCCGUUCUGGCUUCUGGGAUAGCUGCGCAGCCUGCAUUCGCUCUAUAAGAUGCACACACAUUUCCCCUUACUUUUUAGGAGGGAAAAAGUGCGUCUUAUAGAGCAAAAAAUACAUCUUAUAGAGCGAAAAAUAUGGUAUUUAGAUGCCAAGCAAAAACAUUCCUCUUCCCCAGGUCUUUGACUAAUUAGUCUACGGCCAUUUAAACUGGAAGUUGUGGUGGUAUUGUUUUGUUUGUCUGUAUUUUUGUUUAAAAACUAAACUGUCCUGUCAUCCUUGGAUGAUGUUUGGUUAAUAAUAAAUAAAUAAAUAAAUAAAUAAAUAAAAACAAAUAUAAUAGUUUCCACUUGAAUUAUAGUUUAGUGAUAGGAGAAGGGACUAAAAGAAUUCCUGUGUGUACUUUUUGUUCAGUGCAUCAGAACCCUGACAAGAGCACAUUUCUUUGGGCUCCCUUAUUUGUUUUUAGCACCUCAGUUUUAAGUUGAAAAGGGGGGGGGGGGACUCCCCGAGCAGCUUACAGACAUGAAUGAAAAGACAGUCCCUGCCCUCAGGCUUAGAAUCUAAAAGACUCUACACAAGAUGGGACUCAGUAAGAGAAGGGGAAAAAAGCAAGCUUCUGCACUGGUUCUUAGAUACAGAGGUCUUGAAUAGAUACAGGUUCUUAGAUAUAGAGCUUGAAUAGAAAGAUUCAGAGGGAAAGGGCUAAAUGUUACUACUUUUUCAGCAACCUUUGUCCUUCUGUAGUAGCUUGAUGGAAUGGUUGCUGGUGGACAGUUGAGAGAGUAGCCUGAUGAAUGUGAUGUUUCAGUAGAGCCAGUGCUGAAUACAGUCACUCUCUGGGGUUUUUCCUCAGUACAAAUUGUAUUGUAUUGUUUUUUGAGAAUAUAAAUGCUCUUUUUAUUUUCAGUGAUAUUGUGAAGAAGAUUGACCAGUCUGAAUUUGAAGGCUUUGAAUAUAUCAAUCCCCUUCUGAUGUCUGCUGAGGAAUGUGUCUGAGCUCCCACUUCUGAACUGUGCCAUUUGUCGCUGACACAUUUUUCUGCAUGGAUGAACAGUUUGCAGUUGGGAUGCAAUUAAUAAAAUGCAUUUACCUUUGUCAUUUGCUAUCAAAUAAGAACUUUUCAUUAACCUGCUAUAUAAGCUGGAUGCUUUUUAUUUGACUAAAAGGAAAUCUAAAACACUAAAACAGAUUUUGCCAAAGUUGAACUUGAAACAUCAAGGCAACCAUUUUCCUACAGGCUGCCUAAUGUGAAAUAGAGGAUGUUGCCACCUAUUCCACUUGAAAUGUAAUGCAGCUCUGGGUUCAAAGUGGUCUAAUUAAAGAGCACCUGCUUGCAUUAAGUGAAAUUAACACAUCAAGUCCACCUGUCUUCAGUUUUACAUGUGUCUGUUGCCAACCCAGAGUAAAACAAGUAUGCUCCCUAAUUCAUUUGAAGAACCCUUGCUAAACCUGAGUUCUCAGACCUGGCUAAGAAGCUUACUCGCAUUGGUGAUGGUAAUGUGUUAGACUGAAAACAAAUGAAGAGCAGCAGGAGAAUUUACAUGUACUGCUACAGCCCGCUUCCAUUCCAUGUAUAUUCCACAUUCAGUGUGAACUGGACAUAAAGUUUCAUCUUCCAUGUUACAAUUUUAGCAUUGCAAUCCUGGGUGCACUUUGAGUAGGCACCAUUAGAUUUGCUAGGAUUUACUUCUGAGCAAACUUGCAUAGGAUUGUGGUGUAAUAUUUGCAGUCUCCAGGAUACAGUGGUAACUCGGUUUACGAACUCAAUCCAUUCUGGAAGUCGGUUCUUAAACUGAAACUGUUCUUAAACCGAGGCAUGCUUUCCCUAAUGAGGCCUCCUGCCGCCGGUGUCCUUCCACCAUUUGGAUUCUGUUCUUAUGCCGAGGUAAAGUUCUCAAACCAGGACACUAUUUCCGGCUUUGCGGAGUUUGUAAACCAAAUCGUUCGUAAACCAAGGUACCACUGUAAUGCCUUGCUUUUUUUUUUUAUAGACUCGGAAGUAGCACAGCAUUUACUUUAGGCUUGACAGAGCCAUGGAGAAUAGUUGCUUUCUUGACAACGGAGACCAUGGCUGUCUCUAAAUAGGACUUUUCUUUCAAGCACCAUGCAGUAGAUUUGACUCCAAAAUUACUUGUCAUUCGUUUAAUCAAAGUUCUUUGGUAUACAUCCUUGCUAUGUAAAUGAGUGCCUUCUUAUUAAGUCUGUCCUUUUCAAAAGGGCUAAUAAAAUGUAUGGUAUCAGUUUGAAUUAAAAUGAACCAGUAGAGGUGUUUUUUAAAAAAAGAAAAAAUAAGUAUUUAGCAGAAAUAGGCAGCUAAUGUUAACAAAUACAACCUCAUGCAGCCAGCUUUAUAAUUUUGUAGCUUCUGUUAAGGUAGACCAGAAUUUAUUUUCACUAUUGAUUUAAAAGUCUAAUAGGCUCAUACAGCAGCUGUACAGUUUGAAAAACCAUUACACUAUACCACUACAAAAGGAUCCCUCUAUUAAUGUGAUUAGGGAAGUGUGGCUCCUCUCAUGGUCCUAUACUUACUGCUCUAAGAUGUAUGCAAAAGUCUAAAUAAAAAUUCAAACCAGCUAGGUCAGUGAAGAUGGGCGUUCUAAAGGUCUGUAUAUAAUUAAUAUAAUGAUGUACCGAGAAAAAGUUGCAUGCUUUAUCUUAAAAGUCGAGGAACUGCUGGCUGGAGAUGUCACUUGUGUAUUUUGCUUGAUUUUUAAAUGCUUGUAAAGACAAGGGAUUUUCAAAGUGUUUUCGAUAAUGUAGAAAUGUGGACUUAACUUAAUAGUUGUCCAGAACCAAGCACAUUCUAGUUAGCCUUCUGUGAGUUAUUUUUCUCUGCCAUUGUGAACUUAAUCUAUGGUACAUCUGUGCAUUAAGGCAAAAAUUGCCUCUUUGACUAGUAUGCAUUAUCUUCAUUGUGCUUUUCAAACACUGGCAUGUUGAAGAGGAGGAAUUCAACCACUUUGGUACUUUCCCUUAUUAAGCUCAUGUCAGUUACAGGGUACAUCUAAAAACAUUUAAUUGUGCUAUGUUUUAGAUCUGGUGAAUAGGCUUUCAGUUUUACAUUCUUGAAGGGGGAAGGAGACCUUUAUAACUUAAUAGAGCUAACUUACAACUUGGCUUGUGCCCUCUUAUUUUAUUUCGUCCUUUCUUAAUGUAUCUGAAAUUAGGCCACUAACAGCGGUUUCACUUCAUAAGCUGCAUGGUACAGAAUGACUUAUAUAAGAGGUACAUUUUCUGACUCACAAACUGUAGGUGAGUGAAAUUCUCACAUCUAAGACUUUUCUUCAAAGCACAAAAGGAGUAAAAUUGCAGAUGUUACAAUGUGCUUCCCACCCCCUUGUAUAUGUGUGUCUUACUUAUUUCAUCUUAUAGUGUCAAUUUUUCACAAAGAACUGAGGGAUGUUGAAAGCAAAUAUCAAGUUUUGUUUCAUUUUGUUUUUCAUGUUUCCAAACAAGUGCCAUGGUAUUAAGUUGUUAGUUGUUGUUGUAUUUUUAAAAAAAUGUAUUAAAUGUGUAGAGGCUGUCUUAAAAUAUUGAACAGGGAAUUCAGACGUGGACAGCUAAUUCAGCAUGCUUUUCUGAAGGUAGCCUUUUAGUGUAAACAUUGAACUAAAUGGGUGCUUCCAUCUUGUACUAUGUACUUCCUUCAUUUUGCAGAUAUUGUACUGUACUGUGUAAUCUCUUGUAUUUCUGCACACUUUUUUACUUUCCAUUUUAAGUUUCAAAAUUAAAAAAACCACCAGGGCUUUUUCUUUAAA